AUGGAAAUUUUAAAUAAAAUAUCCAAAGAAAAGCCAAGAAAUUUAUGGAAAAAAGUUGAUUCGAAUAAAUAUCAUAAACAUGUUACAAUUUCUUCUAUUGAUUCAGCUACUAAAUCAGAAGAGAUUGAUGAUAGAAUAAUUUAUAUGGAUGAAAUAGAAAAAAGAAAAGAAGUAUAUGGUAUAUGUGGAGAAUGUAAUGAACCUGGCAUGGGAGAAAAUUGGUGUCAAUCUUGUAAUUCAAAAAGAUUUAAGGAAAAUUUUAAAAAUUGGACUAGUGGAAAUAAACAUAUUGAUGAAUUAAUACAACAUUCACAACUUAAUUCUUUACACCGCCUUAAUAGUCUUGAAUGGAUACCUUUUGAGAAAUUUCAAAAUGUUACCUAUAUUACCAGAGGAGGCUUUGGUAAAAUUUAUUCAGGUGAAUGGCCUGAAGGAGAUAUUAGGUAUUGGGAUAUUGAAAAUCAAAGAUGGAAAAGAAACAUAAAUUGUAAAGUUGCAUUAAAAAGUUUGGAUAAUUCUUCUGAAAUUAGUGCUGAUUUUAUAAAUGAGAUCAAAUCUCAUCUUCAGAUUUAUUUUCGGGGUAUCAUUUUCUGCUAUGGACUAACUCAAGAUCCAAAUACCAAAGAUUAUAUGAUGGUUUUAAAAUAUUGUGAAGAAGGAAAUUUAAGAAAUUACUAUUUAAAUAAUUAUUGUGAUACUGUAAAACUUUAUGAAUUAUCAAGCAUUGCGAAUGGACUGUUAAGUAUCCAUAAUGCUGAAAAAGUCCAUAAAGACUUUCAUUCAGGAAAUAUAUUAUAUGGUGGGGCUAUAUUUAUAAGUGAUUUAGGAAUGUGUCAACCAGCAAAUGUGAUGUCAGGUAAAGAAGGAGUUUAUGGAGUAUUACCUUAUAUGGCACCAGAAGUUUUACGUGGAUAUCAAUAUACAAAAGCAGCUGAUAUUUAUUCAUUUGGAAUAAUUAUGAAUGAGUUUCUUUCUGAAGAAAUUCCUUUUAAUGAUAUUCCUCAUGAUCAUAUUUUAGCUGUUAAAAUAUGUAAAGGACUUAGACCAAAAAUUUCUGAAGAUAUUCCGAAAUUUCUUGUAGAUUUAAUUAUGAAAUGUUGGGAUGCUAAAGCAGAAAAUAGACCAACUGCUAAAGAAUUAUAUCAAAUAUUAAAAAAAUGGGAUAAAGAAGAUGAGAAAUUCAAUAGUGAAAUUCGUUCUCAAAUGAGGGAAUGUUAUACAAAAAUUAGAGAAAAAUCACUGAAAAACAUUUCAAAUGAAAAUAAGUCUGAAAGUAUUAAAACUCAUCCUCAAGCAAUCUAUACAAGUAGACUUUUAAAUUUCAAAAAUCUUCCAGAACCAGUAAAUUCUUUAGAUUUAUCAUCAUUUCAAGUUGAUUCAGAUGAUGUUUCAUCUGUAUCAGAAAACCUAAUUUCAGAAUGCUUUGAUGUUCAAUUCAGUGAAUCAGAUCUCAACGAAAUUAAUCAAGAAGAAGAUAAUUUGAAUGAUGAGUCUUAA